AUGGAACGCCUUACUCUCCUUCUUGUUUUGGUUUCGUUUGUUGUAAAUGUAAAUGCAAGAGCUUUUGAAAAUACUAUUUCAGCUGGUGUUGAAUCUGAUGAGAAUGUUGUAACCUAUCAAGUUUUAGCAAAUAAACCAUUAAGUAUGGUAUCGGCUGAUGAUGAUUCUCAACAUGAAUAUAAACUUGGUCAAGUCGGUGGUCUUGGAGCAUCUGUUAAAAAUCCUAAUCGAUUAUUUAUUUUUCAUCGAGCACCACGAGAAUGGAAUCAAGAGUAG